AUGGACGUAGAAGAUGAAAAUUAUUGUUGUUGCUGCAAUAACACCGUAACCGUAAUUUGCAAUCUAAUCAUCAUAUUAUUAGGACUCAUCGUUCUCCUCUUCUGGCUUAUCAUACAACCUAAGGCUGCCAAAUUCACAGUUACUAAUGCAUCCCUUACUCAAUUCAGUUUCACAAACAACAACACACUUAACUACAAUCUCGUCCUCGACAUCACGAUCCGAAACCCUAACCGAAAACUCGGUAUCUACUACGAUAACAUCGAAACGCUUGCGUUUUAUAAAGAUGCUAGGUUUGGUUUCCAAACCCUAGGACCAUUCUUUCAGCAUCAUAAGAGUACAGAUUUUUUGGGUCCGGUUUUUAUAGGUCAACAAGUGAUUUCUUUGAGUCGAGAUCGGAUUUCGAUGUUCGAGAAAGAGAAGAGAGAUGGAGUUUAUGGAAUUGAUGUGAAGAUUUUGAUGAAUGUGAGGUUUAAGUUGGGUUUGUUUAAGACAGGGAAAGCAAAACCUAAGGUUCGUUGUAAUUUGAAGGUUCCUUUGAGAUCGAGCAAUGUAACAACUUUGUUGGGGAAUGAAUUUCAAGCCACUGAUUGUGACUGGGAUUAUAAAGGGAUAUUGUUUCGUUAG